AUGAGUAAGCAUAUGUAUUCUACUGCUAAUUUGACCGACAAGGAACUUAAGGAACAAGGAAAUCGACUCUUUAGCUUACGACGUUUCGAAGAUGCUAUGAAUUGUUAUACGAAAGCUAUUAUAAAAAAUCCUUCAGUUGCAACAUACUUCACAAAUCGUGCAUUAUGCCAAUUGAAGAUGAAAAGAUGGGAUGCUACUUGCCAGGACUGCCGUCGAGCACUUGACAUAGACAGCAACCAAGUAAAGGGCCAUUUCUUUCUGGGGCAGGCUCUGGUUGAACUUGAUUGCUAUGAUGAGGCUAUUAAACAUUUACAUAGAGCUAAUGAUUUAGCCAGAGAACAGAAAUUAAACUUUGGUGAUGAUAUAGCUGCUCAAAUAAGAAUUGCUAGAAAAAAGAGAUGGAAUGUUCAGGAAGAAAAGAGGAUAUCACAGGAGAUUGAACUACAGACAUAUUUGAAUAGGCUAAUUAAUGAAGAUUUACAGCGUAGAAUAGAAUCAAUAAAAUUAGACAAUAUAAAUGAAGAAGAUACCAAUUCAAAAAUAACAAAGGCUGAAGAAGAAUGUAAUAACUACAGCAGCGAGUUAAAUAAUCUGUUUUCCAAAAUCGAUGAGCGGCGAAGGAAACGCGACGUACCGGAUUUCCUCUGUGGCAAAAUCAGCUUUGAGAUAUUGAAUGAGCCUGUGAUUACGCCCAGCGGUAUCACAUACGAACGUAAAGAUAUUGAGGAACACCUAGAGCGCGUUGGACAUUUCGACCCAGUGACUCGUGUGAAGCUAACCGCAGAUCAACUCAUACCUAACUUCACAAUGAAGGAGGUUGUCGAUGCUUUCCUGCAGGAAAACGAGUGGGCACUCGAUUAUUAA